AUGCUCCGAGCUGGGACUGACGCGUCACCCACACCGGAGUGGAUCGUGCGACAUCAUGCACCCAUUCCUGUGCAUACAGUAGCACUCGUUAAUCACGGACACUUGCUCGUGGCAGGUGAUGCCGACGGUCGCGUCUCUGUCACGACGCUGUCGACAUACCGUCCCAUCGUAUUUUGGCAAGCUCACCAGGGCGCAGUGCUUCGUGCUGAUGCUUGGUCUGGGUAUUUAGUUACUCAUGGCCGUGAUCACAGCUUGCGAGUGUGGAAAAUGCCCGAUGAGCUCGGCUCUGUAGCACUGUUCAGCAGUAUGGCGAAAAAUUUACCUUUGCCUACCAUGCUACAUGAAAUGGGUGUGAAUGCCCUCAAUUACUGUGCUUACGACAUGUGCAUACGAAACGAAGAUACCCCAACACUAGAUGGCUGGCUGGUGAUCCCGAAUACACUUGAAUCCGGAUGGAUCGAUUUAUACCAUGUCCCCUCACAACAGCGCAUCAUUGAGUCGCUCGGACGCCAGGCUGACAUCCGGUCAGGCACAGAACGGCCAGCCAUUGUUAUGGCUCUUCAAAUAUGUAUCCUGCGUGAUAUUCUUUGGAUUGUAGCUGGAUAUGAAGACGGUGUCCUACAAGCAUGGACCAUUCCAGUAUCCACUAUGGAACCAACGCUUGUAUGGACGCAUAAAAGCCAUGCUGAGUCGAUCAUGGCGCUAAGUAUGUCGCCCACGUGCGACAGCGUUUUGAGUUUGGGUGCCGACUAUAAUAUAGUGCGCACCGCACUCCAUCAAGAGGCUGUCCCACACGUACAGCGAAUUAAGCGACCCGGUCACGCUUGCGCAAGCGUACGAUGGGAUGAGCAGGUAUGUGUGCUCGGUGGAUGGGACGCCUGUGCGCGGGUAUUUACAUGGCCAUCACUCGAGCCCUUAGCCAAGCUGGCCUAUCAUAAGGACAGCAUUUACGCCCUGUCCUUUGUACGCCAUGAUGCAGUGCAUGUGCUUCAUGCACAUUUGGAUGAGAGCAGCGAUGAGGACGCUGAAGAAACAUCAGCUUCAAGACAGCUCUUAUUGGCAUGCGGAAGCAAAGACGGGCGGAUUUCCUUGUGGAAUGAAACAUUUACAAAAAAGCCUUGA